UGGGGCCUGACUACACAGCUCUCUCCCUCACCCCUCCUCCACCUCCGGCCGCUGCCACGGCCAGGCCGGCGUGGUGGUGCGCCUCCGCGCCAUCCAUCCACCAGCACCACCAUCGCCUCCAGCCACCUCAAAUCACUGCGCCAUCCAUCUCCACACCACCGCGGCCAACCAGCGCACAUCCCUGUUGCUCCCCUUCUUCUCCAAUGCCCCUGCUGCUGCUCUUCUCCUCUACACGUCCAAACUGCCGAUGCCUCCUCUCCAACGCCCAUACUGCUACUUCUUAUCCUACUCUUGCUGCCGCUCCUCUCUCUCUCUCUCUAAUGCCCCUGCUUCUUCCCUGAAUUCCUAACUACUGCUGCUCUUCUACCUUCCCUUUUCCUCGCUGCUGCCGAACCUGCUCAUUGCUACCGCCCUUCUUCCCCGAACCUUGCCGCCGCUCUUCUUCCCCUCAACUUCCUGCUGCUGCCUCUUCUUCUUCUCUAAACCUCUCUCCAUCCCCACACUGCUGCUCCUCUCUCUAUCCCUACGCUGCUCUGCUUCUUCUCUGAACCAUUCACUUGCUGUUGCUUUUCCUCACCAGACCGAGCAUGAUGCUGUUUGGUGUGUGUACUUCACAAGUAUUGAUAGUGUAUGAUGAAGAGAUAUGUUAAUUCCUGGGACAUGUAAUUGUUCUUAUAAUUUUGUUCAUCAGUGAGAAUUGGUACUGUUGCUUGUGACCCUCAAUUUGUAUGUAUGAGAUCUAGCUAAACCUAUCAUUUAUAUACUGCACUUGUAGAGUAGUGUCCAGUUCUCAGUCCCUGUGUUAGCUCAAGUACAUGUGAUAUAUAUACAUGUGUGUGUUUGUAAUGUGAGUUAUAUCAGUUAUGUCCUAUAUCCACGAUUCUUCCCUCUGUUACAUGUUAGAUAAAUAUAUGUGUUCUAGUAUUGUCGUUUCCCUUUGGUAAUUUUGGUAUGCUUGUGAUUGAAGUACUUCUGAUCAUGUCCCUUGAUCUUAAUUCUUCUCUUUCAUACUAGUUGCUGAACAUAUAUGUGUUGUUGUCUUGUAGUUUUCCUUGCUUCUCAUGUCAUCCCGUGUUAGUAUUUUAGUUCCCAAGGUAAAACAAAUAAAAAGACCAAAAGGAUGGUGAGUACAUUUUAUUUGUCAAUGAUUUCCUGGAACAAACUUGCUUUAUUUUCAUUUGUCUUGCAAUAUCAAAAACCUUUUUGUCUGAUCUAGCUUUAGCCAAGCACGACUGUCGUCGCCUAGUCCCUGAGGAGAACACGACAUCUGUACUUUGGGCAAAAUAUUCCACUACAUUUUCAAUUGAUCAUUUUGGCGCCGUUGUCGGGGACUAGCGUCAAGCGACUGUGUUAGGCUAUAGACUAGGUUUUUCUUGUUUUUUUCUUUGUGCCAUAUAUUUGUGAUAUAUCUCUAACCACUAACCCCUGUUCUAGCUAGUAUCUCUUUGUUUUCUUUUCCUUUUUGUAGGUUGGAUUAUCCUCUGAGAAAUGGCAUUCUAUUCAGAUCAUCAUACUUUUGCGAGCAACACUACAAACAACAUGGAAAGUCUUCAAGAUCGGAUAAGUACAAUGAGGAGAGCACAAUUAUGCACCACAACAAUUUCAUUCAGCUCCUAUUCAUGUACCUCAACACUGAGAGAUGUGUCCAAUGGAGUUAAAUGGUCCUCCAUUUGGUCAGUCAACAACCCCAGCACCCUAUGUUUCAUUAGAGCAAUCUCAUGUGCAAGUGCCCACAAGAUGAGUUCGAUGAUAUAGACAAGCUCACACUACUUAGCCUUGAGUUCACUUGGAGUGCUGAAGAUGAUCCAAUUAGGCCGGUGAUACUAGCUGAAAUGAAGAAGAUCAAGAGUGGGAAUGAGCUAGUGGAAGAAGUAAAGAAGAUUGAGAAGAACAUCAACGCCGGCAGUAGUAUAUCAUCACAACUUGAGCUGAGUAUUUCUGGGAUGUCCCUUGGUACAUGUGAGGUUCCAAUGCCUUCACAUUCAGCUGAGCAAGAUAGGGAGAGCCCAAAGGAAGAAAGACCUCAGAUUGAAGAAGAAAUACUCGAAGACAAGGAACAAGAUGAUCCAGAGCUCGAACAACCAAGUGAUCAAGUUGAAGACUCAUCAUCUACUACUCCCAAAGAAGUAAAAGAAGCUCCUGUAAUUGAACUUGAAGAACCAGAAAUUCAUUUGCCCAUCGUCAUACAAGAGCGUGAUGUAGCAGGUUUAUCUAAUCCUCUCGAUGACAUGCGUCCUUAUGAUUCCCUUUCUUCUACCUUGCAUUACUUGAUACCAUCACUUAAGGUAGAUUUGAGAAAGUAUUUUCUUGUAUACGAUGAUAUAUACCCUGUUUAUGGCAUUGCUCACAUUUGUUAUGAUGACACUUAUUUUCCUCAUGCUAGACCUAUGCUUAAUAAAACAUUUCAUUUUCAUGCUAGUCUGGAGCUUAAUGAUUCAUAUCAUCCUCAUGCUAGCAUUGAACUUACUUAUUUCUACCAUCCUAAACAUGUGCUUUAUAGCUAUGCUUAUGUAAUUGGGUACUCUAUUGAUGAUUUAGAGGGCAUUACCCCUGUCACUGUAUUGUCUCUUUUGUUGAGUGCUUUUUCAGGUUGUUGCUUCUGCACCGUUCACUUUAUGCUGACCAGGUUCAAGGCGACAUUCCUUGGGACCCUGGCGGAUCCUGAGCAUGGAGAUGAGGAGAAGCAAUGGGCACAUACGCGAGGAAGGGAGAAGGUGGAGAAAGCAUGAGGAUAGAUAAGCAAAAUGAGAGGAGCUAUAGUUGGUGAGGUGAUCGAGCGAGUGCUACAUGAUCAAA